CAUUUAUUUUCCGAGAAAAGAAAGAAAGGGGAAGAAAAGAGCAGGAGAUGAGGAAUCAGGGGUCGGUUGAAACGCAGCGUAUUGCGAAAGCGCAAAUGGGGAAAUUUCGUCGACGACUUUGGUUUUCUCGAGACCAAACAAACCAACCCUAAAUCGAAGUCCUCGUCGAAAAUGAGCCACUUUUGACUCCUCGUGCUCCUCCGUUCAUCAUCGGCGAUCUGAGACUUGGUUGAAUCUGAUUUCGUCGUCUUCACCCAAGGAAUGGAUCAAUAUGGCUUGCCAAUACAGAGAAGAGAGAUGAAGCAUAAAGGGAGAAACGUUGUAUGGUCCGUUGGAAUGGACAAGUGUCUGAUUGAAGCUUUGGCUUUCCAGGCCAACAACGGGAACAAAGUUGACAAAUGCUUCAAUGAGAACGCAUACUCUGCUGCUUGUCAUGCUGUUAAUACUCGUUUCAACCUUAACCUCAAUAGCCAAAAAGUCAUCAAUCGCCUCAAGACAAUCAAGAAACGGUACAGAGUCAUGAAAGACAUACUUAGUCGUGAUGGUUUCUGGUGGAACGCUACCACCAAAAUGAUCGAUUGCGAAAGUGAUGACCUCUGGAAAAGAUAUAUUGCAGUACACCCAGACGCGAAAGCAUUCAAGGGAAAGCAAAUUGAGAUGUACGAGGAACUUAGAACUGUAUGCGGUGACCACCAUCAAGCCCCAGGUCGAUAUGCCAAGGUGAAAGCUGAAAGCAAUCAUCACCUAAACGACUUUAAACACUUUGAAGAAGACUCUGUUUCAUUCCCUUUACCAAGCUCAGAAGACAAUAAUAGCGAUACAGAUGGAACAGAGUCCUACGCAGGAGGAGGAGGGGAUGAUGAGUAUUUGCAUGAAGAGCCUCAAGAUCUCCCUCCUCGAAAUCCUUUAAAGCAGCCUCUUAAACGACCUAGAAACUCAGAUCCUUUCCAAGAAGCCAUGUUAGCGGUUGCUUCAAGCAUUCGUCGCCUAGCUGAUGCAGUGGAAGGAAGCAAAAGUUUGAUCAACACAGAGGAACUGCUUGAAGCAGUGAUGGAGAUUGAUGGAUUGGAAGAAGCCAAGCAGAUGUAUGCGUUUGAGUAUCUGAAUGGUGAUCCGGUGAAAGCUAGAGCGUUCAUGGCUUAUGAUAGUAGGAUGAGGAAGUUGUUUUUGUUUCGACAGUUUUGGUGGUGGAAGUAAUAACACAAAAUGUGGAUUUGAAUUUUGUUUUAAGGUAAUUUAAAGUCUAGAGUUUUUGUAUUCGGUGAUUGUUGUCUAUGGUAAAAUGAUUUAUCCCAAGUGGUCACAUUGCAAAACCAA